ACCGUGUGUCUCGCCCCCGAGGUCUCUGGCAGUCGAUCGGCUCGUCCGAUCACCCGCCACGUGUCCUAUCUUCGCCUCCUCCCCUCUGCUUCGUCUCCUUCUCCCUCGGUCUCUCUUUCUAAGGAAGCCGAUGACGACGGCUCUGACUCUCCGCCAUCUCCCUCUCCUUCUUGCUCCCUCUCUGCCACCCCAUCACCCCGGCCAUCGCCAUGAGCUUCGCCAUCGAGCGAGCUUUCAGUAAUCAGUUGCUGAUGCCACGGGGAGAGAUCUUAGCCAUCCGCCAAGUGCAUCAUCCGCGGAUCAGCCCCGACUUCAUGCGCCUUGCGCAGUUUUUCUGCAUUGCGGGUGUGUAUGGCGCGGCAGAGUUCCGGUUCACGAGCAAUCCCCUCAUGAACCCCCAGGUGGUGGUGCUGGCCGAGGCAACGGCGUUCCAACGGCGAGCGGCCCCAGGAAUUAGCCACGUGUCUACCGUGGUAGUCUUCAACGGCGACAUCACCGCCUUCGAUCCGGCGCGGCAAGCUGCCAUCAAAAGCACCUUGUACCAGUGGGGCCGUGAUCUGGCCACUGAUUGGGAUCGACGGCUCACAAGGCACGGUGAUCGUUGGAGGUUGUGGCGUGUAGAGUUCGUUGAGCUCUCGUUCUGCCUGCUUCGAGUGGAUUUGAACUGGACGUGGGAAGGCGAUCGGAGGCCCGCGUCAGAGAUCGUGGAGCUGCUCAUUAUCCAGGCGUGGAGGACCAACAUGGCGGGAGACCUUCUGGGAAUAGUCUUUGGAGCAGUGGAUCGGGGAAACCGAUCACAAAUCGUGCGCGAACUUACGAUCGUGAUCUCGCGACUGGCCGACGAACUCCCCCUUGACAUCGUCUCUCAGAGCGACGAAGAGCCCGUGCCACAUACCCUCUCAAGGACUCUCACCCCGAGCCUCCAUUGGUCGGCUUGUAUCGAGGAGCGUUGGGCGGACGGCCGUUUUCCCUCUCACAGCGAGUACCUGGACGUCCACAGCCUAACUAAUCCCCACUUUUUUCGGCAACCAACGGCGUUCGAGUGGGCGGCGCUGAGAGCAGAAGAGGAAGCAGAAGAGGAUUCGGAAGGAGAAUUAAGGAGAGAGGCCGGGGAAGCAGCUGCUCGGUUGGCCGAGGAUGAGGAAGAAGAAUGCGAAGCAGAAGAAGAGUCGGCGGAAGCUGAAGAAGAACAAGAAGAAGAAGAAGACGCAGAGGAGGAGACUUCAGAAGAAGAAGAGGAAGCCUAUAGUGAGCACAGCGAGGGCGAGCAAAGUGAGGAGGAGGACGAAGACGACGACGAAGAAGUGGAAAAUGGAGACGACCCGGAGCCAACGCACGACGACGAGCUCGAGUGGGUGCCAGGACCAGAUCGACGAGAGGAGAACCCUGAGGCUGCCGCGCAGCGCAAGAAAGAGGUCGCGGAGGGAAAGCGACCGGUGAUCGACCCCAUAUCGAACGAUCCUUCCAAGGAUCUCGAGCCGCCCAAGCUGGAACAUGGGGACCUUGCUGCCAUGACCUUGAGCGCCGCGACGACAAGGCGCCAAUCCCGAUCACGAUCCCCGUCCCCCUCCGCCUCCGCCCGUCCCCCAAUUCGUCAACGUAUCGAUCAGGGGCUUCGCCCUUCUUCCCCGAUCCAUAUACCACCGUCCCCUUAGCCAUCUCUCUUUCAAUCAGUAUUUCCGACUCAUUGUCUUCCCCCGUAAUCCCUUCCCCAUCGCCACCUUCCGAUA